CUCAGUUGUAGUUAUAAAGUAAGUAUUCCACAUACCUCCUAACAGUUCCUUGAAGAUGGAGCUGGCUUGGCAUUUAGUCUCUAUUGUCCUCCUAAGUUUUUCUUGCUGGGGAUUAGACUGGGAAUCUGAUAGAAACUUCAUUUUAGCUGCUGGUCCUCUAACCACUGACUUGCUAUACGACCUGAGGGGUCCACUGGGACACCAGGAUUCUCACUUUGGAGCAGGAGACAAAGGUAUUUAUGUGUGUCGCCAGCCACUGCCUGCUUUCUUGCCAGAGUAUUUUAGCAGUGUUCAUGCCAGUAUGAUCACCCACUAUAAGGUAUUUCUACCUUGGGCACAACUUCUCCCAGAAGGAAGCUCCAAGAACCCAGACAAGAGAAUGGUGCAGUGCUACCGGCAACUCCUUGAGGCCCUUGAGACUGCUCAACUUCAGCCCCUGGUGGUCCUGCACCACCAGACCCUCCCUGCCAGCACCGUCCAGAGAAGUGAGGCCUUUGCUGAUCUCUUUGCUGACUAUGCCUCCUUCGUCUUCCACUCUUUUGGGGACCUAGUUAAGAUCUGGUUCACUUUUAGUGACUUGGAGGAGGUGAUAACAGAACUUCCCCACCAGGAAUCAAGAGCGUCACAUCUCCAGAUCCUCGCUGAGGCCCAUAGAAAAGCCUAUGAAAUUUACCACGAAAAAUAUUCUUCUCAAGGCGGAAAGCUCUCUGUGGUCCUACAAGCUGAAGCAGUCUCCCAGCUCCUGACAGAACCAUCCACGUCUGUCCUUGCCAAGGAUGCAGUCGACUUCCUCUCUCUUGAUUUGUCUUCUGAAUGUCAAGAAAGUGAGACAAGUUUACCACAGAAGCUGAGAAAAUUGCAGACCAUUGAGCCAAAUGUGAAACUUUUCAUCUUCAGUCUGAAACUCCAGGACUGCCUCUCCACCAGGAAGAACCCAGCCGAUGUGCUCUUCAGCCUCCUCAAAGCCCUAAAUGAAGACCAAGUGUUCACCAUUGGGUUUGAUAUUCAUACAUUCCUGAGCUGUUCUUCAAGUUCCAAGAAAAGCAGGUCUUGUUCUCUGACUGACAACCUGACGCUUCAGGCUGCCCUGCAGCUGGACCCGGAGACAGCAGUAGACUCCUCACCGCCCCGCUCGGCGUAUCAGGCCGUCUGGGAGACGUUUGCCAACCAGUCCAGGGCAGAACGGGAUGCUCUCCUGCAGGGUGUUUUUCCCGAAGGCUUCCUCUGGGGCGUCUCCACAGGAGCCUUUAACGUGGAAGGAGGCUGGGCUGAGGACGGAAGAGGGGCAAGCAUCUGGGAGACUCGGGCACCAGGACACCGCCAAGGCCAAGCGACGCCGGAGGUGGCCAGUGACAGUUACCACAAGGUGGACACUGACGUGGCCCUGCUUCGUGGCCUCCGGGCCCAGGUGUACAAGUUCUCCAUCUCCUGGUCCCGCAUCUUCCCCUCUGGGCAGGGGCACAGCCCCAACCUCCAGGGCGUCGCCUACUACAACAAGCUCAUCGACAGCCUGCUGGACUCCCACAUCGAGCCGAUGGCCACCCUGUUCCACUGGGACCUGCCUCAGGCCCUGCAGGAUCGUGGGGGGUGGCAGAAUGAGAGUGUGGUGGAUGCCUUCCUGGACUAUGCGGCCUUCUGCUUCUCCACUUUUGGGGACCGUGUGAAGAUGUGGGUGACCUUCCACGAGCCGUGGGUGAUGAGCUAUGCGGGCUACGGCACCGGUCAGCAUGCGCCAGGCAUCUCUGACCCAGGGGUGGCCUCUUUUAAGGUGGCUCACUUGGUCCUCAAGGCUCACGCCAGGGCUUGGCACCACUACAACAGCCACCAUCGCCCAAGGCAGCAGGGGCGUGUGGGCAUUGUGCUGAACUCUGACUGGGCAGAACCCCUGUCCCCAGAGAGGCCCGAGGACCUGAGAGCAUCUGAACGCUUCCUGCACUUCAUGCUGGGCUGGUUUGCACACCCCAUCUUUGUGGAUGGAGACUACCCAGCCACCCUGAGGGCCCAGGUCCAACGGGUGAACCAGGGCUGCCCCAGUCCCGUGGCCCAGCUCCCUGAGUUCACCGAGGUGGAGAAGCAGCUCCUGAAAGGCUCUGCCGACUUUCUAGGCCUGUCCCAUUACACUUCCCGCCUCAUCAGCAAGGCCCACCAAGAUACCUGCAUCCCCAGCUAUGAUACCAUCGGAGGCUUCUCCCAACACGUGGACCCCACGUGGCCCCAGACCGCGUCCCCUUGGAUCCGUGUGGUGCCCUGGGGUGUAAGGAGGCUGUUGCGGUUUGUAUCCUUGGAAUACACAAGAGGAAAAGUUCCAAUCUACCUGGCUGGAAAUGGCAUGCCCAUAGGGGACGGUGAAGAUCUCCUCCAUGAUUCUUCGAGAGUCACCUACUUCAACCAAUAUAUCAAUGAGGUGCUCAAGGCUGUCAAGGAGGACUCUGUGGAUGUUCGAUCUUACAUUGCUCGUUCUCUCCUCGAUGGCUUCGAAGGCCCCUCUGGGUACAGCCAGAGGUUUGGGCUGUAUCACGUCAACUUCAACGACAGCAGCAGGUCAAGGACUCCCAGGAAAUCUGCCUACUUUCUCACCAGCAUGAUUGAAAAGAACAGUCUCCUCAGCAAGGCAGUCAAAGAACAGCCACCAUCCAGUAGAGCAGACAUCCCCCAGAAAAUCAGAGCCUUCGCUUUUCCAUCCGAGGUGCCCUCCAAGGCUAAGGUAGUUUGGGAAAAGUUCUCCAACCAGCCCAAGUUUGAGAGGGAUUUGUUCUACCAUGGCACGUUCCGGGAUGACUUUCUGUGGGGCGUGUCCUCAUCGGCCUAUCAGAUUGAAGGAGCUUGGGAUGCUGACGGCAAAGGCCCCAGCAUCUGGGAUAACUUUACCCACACCCCAGGGAGCAACGUGAAAGACAAUGCCACUGGAGACGUAGCCUGCGACAGCUAUAACCAACUGGAUGCCGACCUGAAUAUGCUUCGAGCUUUGAAGGUGAAGGCCUAUCGCUUCUCCAUCUCCUGGUCUCGGGUUUUCCCAACCGGGAGAAACAGUUCCAUCAACACACGUGGUGUCGAUUAUUACAACAGGCUGAUCGACGGCUUGGUGGCAAGCAACAUCUCUCCCAUGGUGACACUCUUCCACUGGGACCUGCCCCAGGCCCUCCAGGAUAUUGGAGGCUGGGAGAAUCCUGCCUUGACUGAGUUGUUUAACAGCUAUGCAGACUUUUGUUUCCAGACCUUUGGUGACAGAGUCAAGUUCUGGAUGACUUUUAACGAGCCCACGUAUCAGGCGUGGUUGGGGUAUGGCUCAGGGGAUUUCCCCCCAAACGUGAAGGACCCAGGCUCGGGACCUUACAGGAUUGGCCAUGCAAUCCUCAAAGCUCAUGCCACGGUCUAUCACACGUACGAUGAGAAAUACAGGCAAGAGCAGAAGGGGGUCAUCUCUCUGAGCCUCAGUACACACUGGGCAGAGCCCCAGUCGCCGGGGGUGCCCAGGGACGUGGAGGCAGCUGACCGGAUGCUACAGUUCUCACUGGGCUGGUUCGCCCACCCCAUUUUCCGCAACGGAGACUAUCCCGACGCCAUGAAGUGGAAAGUGGGCAACAGGAGUGAGCUACAGCACUUAGCCACGUCCCGCCUGCCCAGCUUCACUGAGCAAGAGAAGGCCUACAUCAGGGCCACGGCCGACGUCUUCUGCCUCAACACCUACUCCUCCAGAAUCGUGCGGCAUGCAACACCCAGGUUAAACCCGCCCUCCUACGAAGACGACCAGGAGCUGACGGAGGAGGAAGAUCCUUCCUGGCCUUCGACAGCAGUGAACAGAGCUGCGUCUUGGGGGAUGCGAAGACUGCUCAACUGGAUCAAGGAAGAGUAUGGCGACAUCCCCAUUUACAUCACAGAAAACGGAGUGGGGCUGACAGAUCCGGGAGUGGAAGAUACCGAUAGGAUAUUUUACCACAAAACCUAUAUCAAUGAAGCUUUGAAAGCCUACAGGCUCGAUGGUGUCGACCUUCGAGGCUAUGCAGCAUGGUCUCUGAUGGACAACUUUGAGUGGCUGAACGGAUACACAGUCAAGUUUGGACUGUACCAUGUUGAUUUCAACAAUGUGAAUAGACCUCGCACUGCAAGAGCCUCCGCCAGGUACUACACAGAGGUCAUCACCAACAACGGCAUGCCCCUGCCCGCGGAGGAUGAGUUUCUGUAUGGCCAGUUUCCCGAGGGCUUCAUCUGGAGUGCGGCUACUGCUGCAUAUCAGAUCGAAGGUGCAUGGAGAGCAGAUGGCAAAGGACUCAGUAUUUGGGACACGUUUUCUCACACACCACUGAAGAUUGAGAACAAUGACAUUGGAGAUAUGGCCUGUGACAGUUAUCACAAGAUUGCUGAGGAUGUAGUCGCCCUGCAGAACCUGGGUGUGUCCCACUAUCGACUUUCCAUCUCUUGGACUCGCAUCCUCCCUGAUGGAACCACCAAGUACAUCAAUGAAGCAGGCCUGGACUACUAUGUGCGGCUCAUUGACGCCCUGCUGGCUGCCAACAUCCAGCCCCAGGUGACCAUUUACCACUGGGACCUGCCCCAGGCACUUCAGGAUGUUGGAGGCUGGGAGAAUGAGACCAUUGUGCAGCGGUUUAAGGAGUAUGCAGAUGUGCUUUUCCAGAGGCUAGGGGACAAGGUGAAGUUUUGGAUCACACUGAAUGAGCCCUUUGUUGUGGCUCAGCAAGGCUACGGUUCUGGAACAUUUGCUCCAGGAAUCUCCUCUAGGCCUGGCACUGCCCCCUACAUUGUUGGCCACAACCUAAUCAAGGCUCAUGCUGAGGCCUGGCAUCUGUACAAUGAUGUGUACCGCGCCAGUCAAGGUGGCGUGAUUUCUAUCACCAUCAACAGCGACUGGGCUGAGCCUAGAGACCCUUCCAACCAGGAGGAUGUGGAGGCAGCCAGGAGAUACGUUCAGUUUAUGGGAGGAUGGUUCUCGAAUCCUAUUUUCAAGAAUGGAGAUUACCCCGAGGUGAUGAAGACACGGAUCCGGGACAGGAGCUUGGCCGCGGCCUCAACGAGUCUCGGCUGCCCGAGUUCACAGAGAGUGAGAAGAGGAGGAUCAAUGGCACCUAUGACUUUUUUGGGUUCAAUCACUACACCACUGUCCUGGCCUACAAUCUCGACUCUGACUCUUCCAUCUCCUCCUUUGAAGCGGACAGGGGAGUGGCCUCGAUUACAGAUCGCUCUUGGCCAGACUCUGGCUCCUUCUGGCUGAAGAUGACACCUUUUGGCUUCCGGAGGAUCCUGAACUGGUUAAAGGAGGAGUACAACAACCCCCCGAUUUAUGUAACGGAGAACGGGGUGUCCCAACGAGAAGAAUCAGACCUCAAUGACACUGCAAGGAUCUACUAUCUCCGCAGUUACCUCAACGAGGCACUCAAAGCUGUGCAGGACAAGGUGGACCUUCGAGGAUACACAGUUUGGACUCUGAUGGACAACUUUGAGUGGGCCACAGGCUUUGCAGAGAGGUUUGGUCUGCAUUUUGUAAACUACACUGACACUUCUCUGCCAAGGAUCCCCAAAGCCUCGGCCAAGUUCUACGCCUCCAUAGUCCGGUGCAACGGCUUCCCUGACCCUGCGGCAGGGCCACACCCUUGUCUCCAGCAAGAAGGUGCUGAGCCCACCAUCAGCCCCAUGAGCCAGGAGGACGUUCAGUUCCUGGGGCUAACACUGGGUACCACAGAGGCCCAGACGGCGCUGUAUGUACUCUUUGCUCUUCUGCUUCUUGGAGUCUGUGGUGUGGCAUUUCUGUCCUACAAGUACUGUAAGCGCUCCAAGCAAAAGGAAACACAACCAGGUGAACAGGAAUUGAACCGUAUUUCUUCCUUCUGACCCACAAGUUCCCACCUCCUCCACUUCUGCAAAUUAGGCCUACUUUCUUUGCAAGCCUUUGCACCCCCGGGACCACUGAGGAUCUUACACUCUGCUCCUACCAGAUUGCUCUGUAAAAGCCUCUGCGCUGUUAGAAAUUAAGUGACCCUUGUUGAAGGAUUUCAAGUCCCUGAUUAAAAUGGAAAUAUCCCCAUCUUGCCCCAGAAUCAGGAAUUCAUUUGGGCGUGAGAUCACCCUGCAAGUGGCUCCUGUGGGAACGUGUAGGUACUGAACUCAUCUCUUGGUUCUGUGAGCCACUUAAUUCAGCUCAAAGGAGCUGUUUUAAGUGUCCGAGAUUUUAAAGGUGAACACAUGAGUAACAACCAUACCUAUCCCUUCCCUUUGCAAAAAAAAAAAAAAAAAAAUCAGCUGCAGAAGAUUUCGUUGUAGCUCAGCAGAAACAAACCUGACUAGUAUAUCCUGAGGAUGCGGGUUCAAAUCAAUCCCUGGCCUCUCAGUGGGUUAAGGAUCCAGCAUUGUCGUGGGCUGUGGGGGAGGUCGCAGACAGUCUUGGAUCUGUUUUUGCUGUGGAUGCGGAUGUAGCCGGCAGCUACAGCUCCAAUUUGACACCUAGCCUGGGAACCUCCCUGUGCCAUGAGUGUGCCCUAAAGAAAGAAAGAUCAGCUGCAGUGUCACCUCUUGUCCUCUCUCUUCAAGUUCCCUCCCAGUCUAUUACUCUGUGUUCCUUUUUUUUUUAAAUUUUUUUUAAUUAAUUUAUUUUUGUCUUUUUUUAGGGGUGCAUCUCGACAUAUGGAAGUUCCCAGCCCAGGGGUUGUCCUACACCACAGCCACAGCAACACCAGAUCCAGGUCCCGUCUGCAACCUACUACACCACAGCAUGGCAAAGCCGGAUCCUAAACCCACUGAGCAAGGCCAGGGAUCAAACCUGUGUCCUCACGGAUGCUAGCCAGAUUCUUUUCCGCUGAGCCAUGAUGGGAACGCCUACCUUGCAUUUCUUAAAAAAGGCUCUGUUACUUGUGUCCUAGCUUUUAGGGGUGUUUCUCCUGGAGAAGGCAGGUUCCACAGAAAUUAUGAAGUCACGCAAUCCCUUUGGGGCUGUGAGCUUUCCCACCAGACCCAGACCUUCUGCUUAUGUUACAUAUUCCUGGGGACACAGACACCAUAACAGAUAAAAAACAGUGACCGUUGAAUGAUCCUUUAUUCUCCCCAUUGCCACUUUGUGCGUCCUUUCUGCCUCUCCCCUGUCUUUAGGAUGACUUUUAUGGACAAUCUUCAAGUAUAUGAACUGAUCUUGGUUCGUUUAGCCUGCUUCCCUUCUUUCUCUCUCAAUGUGUGAUGCUUCUGAACUCCUUGGAAGUCCUGACUACCCCAUAUUCCUUUGUGUCUUUGCAAAUGCUAUUCCUUCUGCCCAGAUGUCCUUUCUUUCUAAAAAAGGCUUCAAGUCUCAGCUCAAAUAAUGUACUUUCCCCUCUGGCCCCCCCCCCCUGAUUUCGCCAGACGAACACUCCUUCCUCCACUUGGCCUGUAGAUAUCCCCCUUUAUCCCUCCACCACAUUACACUGGAACUGCGUAUUUCUCUAGUAGCUUCUUGAGGCUAAAGGACCAUGUCUCACUGUCUAGCAGGCAUGUGUGGAGACAGGGCAGAGGAAGUACACCUGCUCCUUCUGUGUGUUUAUUCACAAAACCCUUUCAGAGUAGUGAUGGGUCUCUAUCAAUUCCCCUGGAAUAGUGCUAGUGAGACAGAGUAUGGAACGCUUUAAAAACUUACUUGGUUUAUGUAUUCUUUCUAGACAUACGGGAGAAAGUUUUUGAAAAAUUGUUUUAAAAAUUAGGAAAAAAUAAGAGUAGUGUCCCACUAGUUUUAAAAGGCUGAUCAAGAGUUGUAUCUUGUAAGCAUUUGUUACCUGAAUUGUUGUUUCUGUAGAAAAUUGACAUCAAAAUGUUCCUCUGCUGGGGGAGGCCUUGACCU